AUGGAUCUUCAGUAUUUACUAAACCCAGAUGACGGCUCAGUGGUAAGUCCACCUUCAGAGCCAAGCGAGUACACAUUUUUGAAAAGAUGCCCUACUACAACGUCUCUAGAGCCCGAGCCCAAGAUAGUGGAUAGAUGUAAGGAACCACCCUCUAUUCAUUGUGAAAAUUAUGGUGAUCUACUUCGAGCCCUCAAGAAGAAUAAAACCGAAGAGGUCAAUAUGACCGCACAAUUUGUUGACGAACAAAUAUUACCUUCCACAACUGAGGAUAGAAGGUCUUAUUUAUUAAGGGUACUACAUUGGAAGUACGUUAACCCUGUGACGGAGGCCACGGGGUACCGGUGGAUUAAAAAGGAAGUUACACCUAAAGCGUGGGGUAAAACGGUCUUCACGGUUAAAUACCGAUGUUCUCAACAAGCUAAUAGUGGAGUUGGCGGCGUGAAUAUUAAUGUAACUAAAGAGAAAGCACAGCAAACUGAAACUGGCUAUGAGUCAUCAUGCCGUUCUUCAAGGAAACUUUCACAUCCACUCAAAGAAUAUCAGUGCAACCUGAAUUAUAUCAUACGAUAUCAUUAUUCAACUUCGCUUAUUGAUAUCACAUACGUACACAACGUUCAUCUUCCCCCUAAGAGACUCCCAGAUUGCGUGAAACCUUUCAUCCUACAACGAUUAGAUUGGAAAGCUACAGAUCUCUUUGAAGCAAUUAUGGAAGAGGUGAGAUUCCGAGAGGUAAGACACUUGGUUCAAUUCAAUAAGGUACAAGGAUUCUGGUCUCAGGAACGAGGAAGACGUAAAGUAGAACUGACAAAAGCUGCAUUCAAGCAGUUUUUCAAUACUGAAAAGUUGCAUGUUAAUAGAAGGUAG